ACGGCACCGCGCCAACCGCGCGCACCCCGCAUCAAUUGCCCCUCCCUCCCUCGCUCGCCGACCGCAGAGGCUUCCUUCCUUCCGUGGGACACUAUCGGAAGAAGCAGCAGGUGCGCGCUCGGUACGGUCCACACAUGGCGUCGGUGAUGCACCGGUCGAGCUCGGACGGCGGGUCGAGCAGCGGGUGGUCGGACGCGGCGGCGGCGGUCUCGGCGGCCGCGGAGGACCGGGCCGGCUGGGAGGUGCGCCCGAGCGGGAUGGUCGUGCAGGCGCGGGAGGACGGGGCGCCGCCGAGGCCGCCGCCGCCGGAGAUCAGGGUGCGCGUCAAGUACGGCGGCGCGCGACACGAGGUCCCCGUCUCCCCCAUUGCCACGUUCUGGCAGCUGAAGAAGCUUCUCGCGUCGAGGACGGGGCUGCAGCCGGCGGACCAGCAGCUGACCUACAAGGGCCGUGCGCGGGGCAACACGGAGUACCUGGACGCGUGCGGCGUGAAGAACAAGUCGAAGCUGGUGCUGGCCGAGGACCCCGCCAGCCUUGAGCGCCGCUACAUCGAGCGCCAGAAGAACGCCAAGAUCGAGAGCGCGAACCGCGCCAUCGGCGCCAUCGCGCUCGAGGUCGAUAAGCUCGCCGAUCAGGUAACCAGCAUCGAGAAAUCGAUCUCCAGAGGGAACAAGGUGGCCGAGGUGCAGAUCACGACGCUGAUCGAGCUGCUGAUGCGGCACGCGGUGAAGCUGGAGAGCAUACCUGCAGUCGGGGACUCCUCUUCGCAGAGGAACAUUCAGGCGAAGCGGGUGCAGAAGUGUGUGGAGACGCUGGACGUUCUCAAGGUCUCCAACGCGCGGCUGCAGGCCGUCGUGGUGACGACGAAAUGGGAGACGUUCGAGGCGCCGGCCACCACGCAGUGGGAGCUCUUCGACUGAAAAUCGUCGAUCAGUAAAGCGGAUACGUGUAUACGUGCGUGGUGUUUGUUUUUCUUUUCUUUCCGUGUUGUCUCAGUUUUGGUGCCCAUUCGUUGUGAUCGUGGUGAACCGGUAGGUUAGGAUGCUAGGAGAACCAAAACCCCACCAUUAACUGUCUGUAAUCGCACAGCAAAUCAUUCCUCCCCGCCGGCUGUAGUCUAUUGAUCGGCCCUAAUAAAGGAAAGCAACACCGUUCUUUUUGUAUCGUACA